ACAGUGAAGCUGCCGUGAUGGGAGCCCUUACUGUUGGCCCCCAAAGUGGCCCAUGUCCCUUUUACUUAUCACUUACCUGGUUCUGGGCCAAGCCCCUUAAAGGGAACCGCCUUCACCUGGGAUGUGCCGUGCAGUGUUUGUUCCCUGGAAACCCUGGCCAGUUUGAAUUUUGAAAUGGAAAAGAAUAUGAGUUUCUUAGCAUUUGAGAAAACUUGGUGUGUGAUGCUAUGGUAACUUUUGGAAAAGUUGACUUAUUUUGGGUUGUCAUUUUCCCAACAAAGUUGCAACUGUAGCAGCAGAUGGAAUCUUUGGAUUUGCAUUUAACUUUCACAGCACCUUCAGAGUUCUGUUGGUUUCUCUUGCUUUUCUCUAACACUGCAGAGUCCUGUGUCCCCCCUCCCCCCCAGGACAUCUCACCAUGGGCUGCCUUUGAAGUGGUAGUGUGAUGUCCAGGCUGCCCGAUCUCCAUCUUGUCCACUCUGACUAGACUGCCUUGUCCAUCCAUCCACCGAGGGUAUUAUCCAAGGACUCAGGAGCAUUUCUGCUUUGCUUUCUUUGACGCAGUGAAAUCUAGCAUGGCUUUGUAGUGUUGAGUUGAGAAAACAUCACAGAGCUUAAUAAGCAAUCUUCUUGUUUCCUAAAAAUGUGACUGCGGGACUCGGGCCAUGGUGCUGCUUGCUCCUCCUGCCAGCCAUGGAUGAAAUCACCUUCAGAAGUGACACUGUGCUGUCCGAUGUCCACCUCUACACGCCAAACCACAGACAUCUAAUGGUACGGCUCAACGCUAUGGGCCAGCCAGUGUUCCUGUCGCAGUUCAAGCUUCUGUGGAGCCGAGACGCUGAGACAGACCCUGGGGCUGAGGGUGCCCGUGACACAGAUGGCCAUGCCCAGGGGGCAGCUCCCGGAGGUGGCUGCAGCACUGAGGGCUUUUCCCUCUGGGCCGGGGCAGGGGCCCAGCUGGACGAGGACGGGGAUCUGGCUGUGAAGAGGAGGCCCCGCGCCGCCUCAGAUCCCGACCCCGCAGAGCCUCGCAGAGCCAAGGUACGGCCCAUGGUUCUGACGCAGCAGGAAGACCACGACGUCGCUGGAGGUGAUGCACAGGACAGCAGCCCCCAAGAUGUCAUCAAAAUCGAGCACACCAUGGCCACCCCGCUGGAGGAUGUUGGCAAACAGGUGUGGCGGGGUGCCCUGCUCCUGGCCGACUACAUCUUGUCCCAGCGGGACCUCUUCGAGGGCCGCACGGUGCUGGAGCUAGGCGCGGGCACCGGCCUUGCCAGCAUCGUGGCAGCCACCAUGGCACAGACCGUCUACUGCACAGAUGUCGGAGCAGACCUCCUGGCCAUGUGCCAGCGGAACAUUGCCCUCAACAGCCACCUGGCAGCUGCAGGUGGCACAGUGAAGGUCAAAGAGCUGGACUGGCUGAAGGAUGAGCUCUGCACAGAUCCCGAGGUCCCGUUCAGUUGGUCGGAAGAGGACAUCUCUGACCUGUAUGCUCACACCACGGUGCUGCUCGCCGCUGAAGUGUUUUACGACGAUGACUUAACGGAUGCCCUGUUUAAGACGCUGUCCCGGCUCGCUCACAGGUUCAGAAAUGCCUGCACAGCCAUCCUGUCAGUGGAGAAGAGGCUCAACUUCACGCUGCGACACCUGGAUGUGACAUGUGAAGCCUACGACCACUUCCGUGCCUCACUAGAGGCUCUGGAGAGGCUGGCGGGCGGCCCGCUGCGCUUCAUGGUGGAGCCCGUGGAGGCCUCCUUCCCACAACGGCUGCUCUAUGAGCGCAUCCAGCAGCUGGAGCUCUGGAAGAUCGUCGCAGAGCCCGCUACGUGACCCAUAGCCUUGACCCAGCACAGCGCCCUGCCACGUGACUAGUAACCUCAACCCGGCAU